AUGCAAAACCGAAUCAAACUGUGUGUUUACUCUCAGUCAACAGCUUCUGUUGGACGAUACAAACUCACUGUCAUAACCAACUGCCCGGGAGGAAAGGCCACUUCACCAGACACUCCUGAAAAUGACAUUUACAUGCUGUUCAACCCCUGGUGUAAAGAUGACUGUGUGUACCUGAAUGAUGAGGCGGAGAGAGUUGAGUAUGUGCUGAAUGACAUGGGCAGAAUCUACUAUGGAACAAAGCAGCAGAUUGGCUGCAGAACAUGGAACUUUGGUCAAUUUGAUGAAGGAGUCUUGGCUGCGUGUUUCUUUGUGUUGGAGAAGAGUGGUGGACCUUGCUCAGGAUGGGGAGACCCUGUUAAUGUGGUCAGAGUAGCAUCUGCAAUAAUUAAUGCCAAUGACAACAGUGGUGUGAUGAUGGGUAGUUGGUCAAAUACCUACACAGAUGGAACUUCUCCUACAUCCUGGUGCGGCAGCGACGCCAUCCUAAAACAGUACCACAAAAGUGGAGGAAAACCUGUCAAAUAUGGACAGUGUUGGGUUUUUGCUGGAGUCACCAACACAAUUUUGAGAUGUUUGGGCAUUCCCACUCGUCCGGUCUCAAACUUCAAUUCUGCUCAUGACACUGAUGUUUCAUUGACAACUGAUGUUUAUUUAGAUGAGAAAUUUGAGCCAGUUGAACAUCUAAACCGCUAUUCGGUCUGGAACUUCCACGUGUGGAAUGAAGCCUGGAUGGCUCGUCCAGACCUGCCAUCUGGUUUUGGAGGUUGGCAGGUGGUUGAUUCCACUCCUCAGCUGACCAGCCAGGACAUCUUUCGAUGCGGUCCCACCUCUGUUGCUGCGAUCCGCAGCGGGCAGGUUCAACAUGAUGCACCCUUCCUUUUCGCUGGAGUGAACAGCGAUAAAGUCUACUGGCAGCGUAAAGCUAAUGAAAACUUCGCUGUGAUUCGGGUUGACAAGAACGCAGUAGGUCACUGCAUCAGCACCAAAGCUGUUGGUUCAGAUCAACGUGUAGAUAUCACACACCUCUACAAACACCCAGAAGGUUCGGAUGGGGCACAAAUUGCUGAAGAAACUGCCUGUCGCCAUGGCUCCAAACGCUCAAUAUACUCAUUGUCCUACAGUGAGGAUGUCAUCAUUGAAGUCAACAUGCAGGGUGAUGGACCAUGUGUUGGUCAGGACGUUGUGCUUUCCAUCAUUCUGAAGAACAAUUGCACGUCUCCUCGUAGUUUCACUCUUUACAGCCAGGUGGCAGCCAUGUACUACACUGGAGCCCACAAGGCCUUAGUGAAAAAGGACCAGACACUCAUUGAGCUAAAUUCGUAUGAGGUCCAGAUUCUGGAGUGGACCUUGCGGUAUGAGGACUAUAAGGACCACCUGGUCGAUCAAGCAGCAUUGAUGCUUACACUCUCUGGACGGGUCUCAGAGACGACACAGAUACUGGCCACCCAGUUCAACUUCAGAUUGCGCACACCAGAUCUCAUUAUCAUUCCUGUAUGUGGGGGUGUAGUGGGCAAAGAGAUGACAUUCAAAAUCAAAUUCCAGAACCCACUGCGCUGUGUGCUGAAGAACGUAGUUUUCCAUUUUGAAGGACUGGGAUUGCAGUGUGUCAGAACAAUUAACUAUGGUGACAUUCCAAGUCUGGCCACAGUGAAACUGACGGAGACCUUUAUUCCCAAGUGUCACGGGCCACAUAAACUUCUGGCAUCUCUUGAUUGUCCUCAGCUCACUCAAGUGCAUGGAUUCACCAACGUUGUUGUUAGUGAAAUGAUUUACGGUUAAACAGAGAUGGAUUGUGUAAACUUGCUAGAGGCACAUGGAACCAUAAGGCUGUUUAUGUAUGAUAAUGCAUUUUGUGUCUCAUAUAUUCUGUUAAAGUAUUUUGAGGUACCUAAAGUUUAUUUAUGGUUCACAAUAAAAGUAACCAAAUAUAUUACAUAUUCUUCAUUUCAUUUACUUGAAUGGCACACUUUAUCACAAACCAGAUUAUUAAUAUGUAUGUGUAACUUCAUAUUUUAUAAGAAUAUUUGAAUCAACUUAAUUUAUAACCAAUGUAAUUAAUUUCAGUUAUGAUGUGACAUUAUAAGCAUUAUUUUCUUCCCUCAAAUGAUGGCAAGUGUUUUCAUAAUGCUUGAAAGUAUUUCUAUAAUGCUUUGACUAUAAUAUGGUGUUCUAAACAUAGACAAUAAACCCUAAAACAACAUUAGAAUCCUGUUUACCUGAUGAAAGGUGCAAAAUUUGGUUGCAGAAAUUUGCAGAAGUUCCAAGCAUGAACUUUAUUACUCCAUAGUACAUUUUCAUUUGAAUAAAUGUGUAAGAAUUACUGUGUAUAUUAUAACUGAAUACUGAAAUUCAGAUUCAAGAUGCUAUGAGUCUGAA